AUGAGUUUAGAAAUAAACCAUUCCUUUGGAAUAACUUGCGAGGCUAUACAAAAACAAUGCGAGACCAGCGCAGCACAAUGUGACGAACAAGCUGUCUGGGAUCUUGGUGAGCUGCUCCAAUUUGGUUUGGGUGCAAAGGAAAAGCUUUUGCUGGGUAAAUACUUCUGCCAAUUGCCUCUAAGUGUGGGCAGUUUUCGUGUGUUAAGACAGUUGCAGCAGCUCAGGAUACUUACAGCAACGGAAUAUAUAUGCAGCAUCGAGGAAGCAGAGCAGCAGCAAUUAAUAUUAAUAGAGCUUCUGGGCACGGAAUCGGAGCUUUUGUCUAAUAUAUUCAUUUCUGCGCUUUAUGAUUCCCUAAAUGCGAAUAGGAUGAAUUUGUUGCUGGAGGAAGCGCUCAGGAAUCUUUUUAGCGCCUUAUCAACAGAUCCCAAGAUUAGCAAUUUAAACUAUGUGGAGCCUUUGCGCAAGGCCUUGCCUGAGAAUGUUUUAAAAACAAUUUGCAUACCAAUGCAUUUGAAUAUACUGUUGGAGCUGCAUGAGUCUGAGGAUAUAAGUUUGGCAUUUCAACAAUUCAGUGCUUGGAUUAAUGAAGGCGUCGAUGAGCUAACCUUUGUCAAAUAUAUAAGCGAUAAGCUGCUGGACAAGCAUGAACAAGAAGCGCUCAGUUAUCUAUUCAAGCUUUCUAGCUCCUUACGGUUUAAACAAUGGAAAUAUUAUUUUAUACUCUUGCAAUCUAUUGCCAGCUGUGCCAGCGCAGAAACCAGCAGCUUUAUUAGAAAAUAUCUUAAGAAUCGAGUACUACAUGUGGCAAGCAUGGGCUGUCAGCACUCCUUGUUGCAUUUGUUGCUAACAGCCCGUGCAGCUACAGCAGUUACCAUGAGCAUAGAGAAUAAUCUAAACAACUAUGCGCAGUGGUAUAAACAGCACAUUGGCGAAAUGACUUACGUUCUAAGCAAAGAAGAGUUUCAAGUUAUGCUUAACAUACUAGAGGAUUCCAUACACUAUGAAUGUGAAACACAGUAUAUAGAGAUACAUGCUGCAAUUGCCAUUUCGCCGGGCGGCAAGCUGGUGCAGGCAUACAAAACCAAAUGCAAAGCGCAUUUGGCACGCUUGAAAACGGCUCAAAGGAAAAAGUAGAAUAGUUAAAAAACCUAAAUAU